AUACCAUACCAUAUAUCUAUAUAUAUAGUAUAGUAUACUGUAUAUAUAGUAAAAGGCGUAAGAGCUGAGCAAGGAACUAAGGAAGGAAACGUAGGAGUGAAUACGAAAAGUACUUGCAUCUAAAAUGCAUACGGCAAACGGGUUGCAGGUUGCUGGUUGCAGGUUGCAGGUUGCAGGUUGCUGGUCGCAGGUUUCGAGCUUCCAGUUCCGAGUGUGCCCCCAACAAAGUGCUAAGAAAUGAUUGAAAAACUCAUGGAAACGGCUGUGUGCGGGAAUUAAAUGUGCAUUUGUGUUUUGAAUUUUUAACGUAUUCUACUUCUUGUUCUUUUUUUUUUGGUGCUUUCUCUUCGCCUCUACCGAGGUCCGUGUUCAGUUAACUCCGGGCUUCUGCUCCUGUGUGAGAGAGAGUGCAGUGAGCGGCUAGUGAGUUAUGUAAAGCUCUGGUGUUAGGGUCGGUUUUUUUGUUCGGUGUACGGUGGAUUGUGCAUACGCUGGGGUACGCUGGGCAUUCCGGAAUAAUAGCCAACGCCACCAGUACCGUAGUACCAUAGCCACACUGCGCGUGUGGUGGAUGAGCGUGUGGAACCACAAUAAACGAUUCCCCGCCACCCUCCGUCGCCGUGCAGCCAACGGCAAUUGCACAUAAGUUGCAACAAGCUGUGUAAGAAGCAACAAAAAGCAAAAACAAAAACAACAAAUAACAUUGUAAGCGAAGCGAAAGGCGUUGCCAGAUUGUUGGCUAACAACGUAACAACAACUACACCAACAACUACACCAACAAAUGCGUGGCAACAACUACAAACACAGGACCACAAACAACAAUAGCCCAAAGGGCCAAAUGAACGUUGGCUAGGUCCGUCCGUCUGUGCGUGGCAGGCAGUGUGGCAGUUGUGUCGACGCGCUAGGCUACUACCAGAGCGGCAUGCCCCAGUGUCUGGGCCCCAGAGCUGCACAGCAACAGCAACAGUAACUACCGUGGAAGAAGAAGCAGCUACUUUGUGCUGGCUCAAAGUCCUGUCGCUAAUUAGCUGGCACUUGUGUGGAGCGUCAGAAGAUUCCAUUGAACUGGCUGCGGAGUUAAAUUUGUUGUCAUAACAUGGGCUGCGUCUUUGAAGCAGCCAAAGAGCAGCCCAACAACAAAAAACCACUAACUAGAGCAGCCAGCAAGCAACUAAGAAGGAAUCAAUGCGGUGCCAGAGGAGCCACAGCGACAACAACACGACCACGCAGGGCGUCCUCCACAGUCAGAGUCGUGGAGGGUGGAGAGACGGGCGGAGCAACGACAACGACAACGCCAACGCCAACGACAGAGCCAACGACCACAUUGCGACCAGCUGAGGACAUCAAAAUCAAGGAUAACUAUCAACAAAAUCAUAAAACGAAAACGCAAACGCAAACGCAGACGCAAACCGAAACAACAACAGAAAUUGUCGUCGAAACGCAAACAGAAACAGCAAACGCCAAACAUCUAAAAGCGGGAACUCGAGUGCUUUUAACGAUACAACAGCAACAACAGCAGCAGCCCCAGAAGAACAACAAGAACCCCAGUCAAGUGGCGCACAAGGACAAAGAAGAGGACGACGAGGACGAGGACGACGACGGCGAGAACGACGAGUUGGCGACGACACACGGGACGACCAUUGUCGUCGAUAGAGCAGCAGCAGAAGCAGCAGCAGCAGCAGCAGCGGCGGCAGAAGCGGCAGCGGCAGCAGGAAUCGAUAUUGAGGCAACAACGAAGCAAAACCAAACACUCUGCCCCAAUUGCUUAGGCCACAGCCCAGAGAUAAGCAGAGAACGAGAUCGCGAUCGCGAUGAGCAGCAGCUGCAUCGUCAAAAUCGUCGCCGGAGACGGCUACAUCCGGAUGCGGAUGCGACGGCAGUUUGGGGCCGGAUUCGGCCAGGCCUUGGCUCCACCGCAGUGGUUGCUGCCACGCUGGCUGGCAUUUCAACGCUCUCCCUGCACGAGAUGCUGCUGCAUGCGAGAGCUGCCCUAGCGACCUCGCUGCAGUGGCAGGUGGAGCAGGGGCAGGACGACCACGAGCUGCAGGAGCAGGAGCUGGAGGGGGAGGAUCCACGCAAGCAACCACUAGCCUACCAGCCGUGGCGCGACACAUAUGCAUCCUCCGGCAUUCUGCCCGCCACAAUGUCAGCCGCAAUCAUAGCCAAUGUCAGUGCAACGGCCGCCGCCACAUCGGCGGCCGCCUACCAGUAUCUGGGGCAGCACUACAAGCACUAUAGCCAAUCGUUCAGCUUCUAUGCCGCCUCCAGUGUCAUCCUGAUGCUCUGCUAUCUGACCAGCACAUCCACGGCCGCUGCCACACAGUCGGAGACGGGUGCCCUCGACAAGCAUCCCAUUCAUGGCAUCGAUUGGUCGAAAUUCGACGAGUCCAGUUCGGAUAAGGAGAUAUUAGAUUUACUGCUUGAGAAGAAGCGCUACGACAAACGAUUACUGCCGCCUGUAAAUGAUGAAGACUUUUGCUGUGGUUUACAAUCGCCCGAUAUGGCAACAAAUCAAAAUCCACGGAGACCCCACAAUCGCGGCACCCUGACGGUCAACGUGAAUGUGCUGCUCCUGAGCUUAGCAUCACCCGAUGAAAGCAGCUUGAAAUAUGAGGUGGAAUUCCUAUUGAACCAGCAGUGGAACGAUCCACGACUGCAAUAUGGCAAUAAGUCUCAUUAUGACUUCUUAAAUGCUCUGCAUCAUCAUGAUAGCAUCUGGACGCCGGAUACGUAUUUCAUUAUGCAUGGCGAUUUCAAGGAUCCCAUCAUACCAAUGCAUUUCGCUUUAAGAAUAUUUCGGAACGGGACCAUUACGUACGCAAUGAGACGACAUCUGAUUUUAUCCUGUCAGGGCAGCCUACACAUAUUUCCAUUCGAUGAUCCCAAGUGCUCCUUCUCCAUGGAAAGCAUUUCUUACGAGGAGUCACAGAUCAAGUAUGUUUGGAAAAACGAUGAGGAUACUCUGCGGAAAAGUCCAUCGCUGACCACAUUGAAUGCGUACUUGAUUAAGAAUCAAACAACGCCCUGCGAUCAGAACAGCUGGAGAGGGAACUACAGCUGUCUUAGGGUCGAUUUAAUUUUUACCAGAGAUCGUGCAUUCUAUUUCACCACCGUUUUUAUACCUGGCAUUAUAUUGGUGACGUCGUCCUUUAUAACAUUCUGGCUAGAAUGGAAUGCCGUGCCAGCUAGAUCGAUGAUAGGCGUGACAACCAUGUUGAAUUUCUUCACUACCUCCAACGGUUUCCGGAGCACUCUGCCGGUCGUCUCCAAUCUAACGGCGAUGAACGUCUGGGACGGGGUCUGCAUGUGCUUCAUCUACGCCUCCUUGCUGGAGUUCGUGUGCGUCAAUUAUGUGGGCCGCAAGCGGCCGCUGCACAACGUCGUCUAUCGGCCGGGCGAGAAUCCCGUAACACAGCGUCUUCCAGCAGUACUAAGCAGGAUCGGAGUAAUUCUUGCAAGUCCUUUGGAUAUAAUCGAUCGAGAAUUUCAUGCUGCUUUGUCCUCCGAAAAGGCCAGCGCCGCAGCCACACCGGGCAUGUCGAUGGCGGGCACCCCGGCUGCCGGCUCCUCGUCGGCGGCCACGCCCGGCACGCCGCGCACUGUGGAGGCUGUGGAGGAGUUCUUCGGCGGCGGCAUGCGAUGGCAGGAGGCGCAUGGCGGCAUCAUUGGGGCGGCAGUGCAAAACAUACGCGCUCGAUCCAUCAAGCGGAAGGCGGCUAGGAGUCCGUCCACAUCCACGUCGCCAACGGCCGCCUCUGGUGGGGGUGGAGUGACCAUCGAGCAUAUCUAUGAGGAGCCUGGUGGAGCCAGUGGCACAGCUGGCUCUACUAAGGUCAAGUUCAAGGAUGAGCAGCAGGAGGAUCAGAAGGAGGAGCAGGAGAGCACCACGUCCUCGCUGCGUCGGUCGGUGGCCACCAGCACCCCGGCUCUGGUGGUGCGCAUCGAGGCGGAGACUGAGGCGGAGCAGCAGCAGCAGGGGCAGGGGCAGGAGCAGGACAUGGAAAUGUUGCAGUUGCCGCAGAAGCCACCACGAAAGAAGCCAUCCCGCUCCAGUUCCCCAGCCUCGGUUUAUGGCGAGUGCGGUGGCAUGAUGGAAACUCCCGGCGAGAAGAGGCGCGAUGCUGGCGCUCCGAAUGAGAUUGUGGCCUGCACCACCUGCGGCGGCAGCAACAGUCCGUGCACCCAUUCGGCAAACAAUGGAUGUGCCACAGAGACAUGCUUCGUCCAGGUGCGCAAAAAGGAGCCACCGCAUCCGAUACGAGUGGCCAAGACAAUCGAUGUCAUCGCUAGAAUUACAUUUCCAACUGCUUAUGCCAUUUUCCUGGUAUUCUUCUUUGUACACUACAAAGGAUUCUCGUAAAAUUAAGCAAAGCAAAAUAAGCUGCCUAAUGAUAAUGCAUACAGCAUACACUAAAAAGUACGAGUACGAGUACAUAAAUAGAUAUGCUGGAACACGACACGCUAAAUUGCAGAGCUACGGGAAUACAUAGGUCCGGAGACGUAAUCGUUAUUCGUUCGUGCCACGAGUACGUUUGGGAGUUCAGGAGUAAUCGUUUACUAAGUUCUAGGGCCUUGCAAAGUCAUUUAAUUUUAAUAUGUAUAACAAAAAGUGAAACACAAAGUACAUCUAAUUACCAAUUAAUUAUUCUUUAAAUGGCAACAAAGCAACAGAGCAACAGCAACAGCAACACAUGACAAAACCAAGUGAUAAAUACGUCAAAAUGAGGAGAAUUAGUUUAAACUGAGUUGUUAGUGGGGGAAAAACGAAAACGAAAAUGAAUAGGAAAAGAAAAAGAAAAAGAAAAGAAAGAAAAAAAGGGAAACAAAGUUGAAUGAAUAAGUUGUUGAUAAUUAAAUUAAAUAUAUAAUAAACGAAAGAGAGUUACAUUUACGCAAAGCAAAUGAGCAAAACAUACGAAAGAAACAAUUUCGACUGCCUGUUUUUUUUUCUAAAUAGUAGAAACAAAAAGUAAAUAAAAAACACAACAAAACAAGUAAACAAAACUUUAAAUUAAAUGGCAAAUUUUUGCAUAUGCUCGAAAAUGCAUUAGUUCAAAUUGAAACAAACCAAGAACACUGUCUAGAAAUUGUAAUAUAAAUAUUUAAACAAUUUAUUAAGCAAAGAAAUUCAUGCUGAAAGUACCAAAAAACAAGAAGAAGAAAAAAACGAAAAGGAUAAAAGACCUAGCCUAAAUAAAAAACUUUGAAAUUAUGAAACUUAACACGGAAAUACAAACCAAAAAAAACAGCUUUAAGGCUUUACCUACUCGAGUAGUCCGAAACGUACAGACCUACAUACAUACAUAUUUAUAUACCUACAUACAUACAUACAUAUAGACAUACAUGCAUACAUAUAUUUACAAUUCUAGUCAGAUAUUUAUUAUCAAGGGAAAAUUAAAUUUUGAUUUGUUGAAAUGCUUCCGCAUCUGUCAAAGGGCAACCCCCCCCAAAAAAGGAAACCCCCAAAUUGUUAAUCAUCACAGAGAUUAUUCGUUAUAUUAUGUUAUUACUAUAAUUGUUUUUAUUUUGAUUAUUUUUUGAAUAAAUGUUCGAUCUAUGAACCCGAGAACUCUUUUACUCUCAUAUGAAAUUUAUAGAAAAGAAUACCGCCGCUAAGUAGACCACAGAAAAAGCUUUCCUAACUAACUAAAUUGUAGGUGAAAUACAUACAUACAUACCAUUUCCACAGAGCCCACAAAAGUAUGCUUUAAAAGGGAUCAGAGCCCACAUACAAUAUGUAAGCCAUCGAAACACCCUAGGGUAGGCCACACACAAUUUCUUUUGUAAUUUGCCAGAGUUUCGAGUCGAGUAGAUUCGAUUCGAAUUAUUUUUCGCAUCAUUCGAAGCAUUCGAUUUUUCAGUAGCGACAGGAAUUGCCUAAACAAUUUUAUUAAAAUACAUAUCAAAGCUAAUAGAAGAAAACCUUAAACAAAGCAACACAUAAACACACACACACACACACACACACAUACAGACACAGAAUUAUUUACAUCAAAUGUAAGACAAAAGAAGACAAAACUCUAUAAAGCUCCCAUAAGUAGCUAUGAAGGAUAUGCCAACCCAACUAUCACUCACAAAAUAAACACCCAAGUAUUUUAGAUAAAAUGUAUGUCAAACCAAAACAAACACCAAUGCCCUGCAAGUCUUUGUAGAACUAAUAAGAACUAAAAAAAAAAUGUAUGAAACAAACAAAAAAAAACAAAAAAAACACCUUAAAAAGCACAACUUAAAACUUGAACCUAAACCAAAUUUAAACCUUGUGAUAAACAAACACAAAAAGCAAACGAAAAACUAAAAAACUAAAAACUAAACAAAAGAAAACCUUUGCAUACGAAAUUUUAUUGAAAUUAAUUGAGAGCAGGUUAAUGAGGGCCACCGUUACCAAUUGUUUAAACAAUGUUACUUAUAGAUAACACAACAACAUGCGUAUACACCAAAUGCUUUUUGCAAAUAUAUAAAUUUAUAACUUUAGGGAUUUGUAGAUUUUUUGGAAACUUUUCUUUGCAUCGUUUUGCAAGUUCUGCGCAAUUUUCUCUCAUUUAUAAAAAAACGAAAAAAACCAAACAUAAAGAAACUAAGCUAAAAUUAAAGGAAGAAGAAGAACCCAAAGACAAGGACAAUCUUUUUGCAAUUUAUAAAAACCAAAAACGUAAUCUGAACAAAUGAGAACGCAACUGAAAUAUGGGAAAACCCGUUGAUAUGAAAAUGCAAAUGAAAAGGAAAAGGAAAAAUGCUAAAGAAUUCGGAGCCUUUUUUGUAUGCUUAGCUGCUUAUAAGAGCCACAAAUAGAACAGAACAAAAAUAGAAGGUAUAUAAAUAAUAAAUUCCAAUUCAUGGCGUCCAAAAAGAGAACAAUUUUUGUUGCAAAAAGUAUUGAGGCAGAUAUGCGAUAGGAAUGGGUGGGAAUAGGAAUGGAAAUGGGAAAUUGCUGAAUGUGUGGCCAAUGUAAGAAAUGUACAAAUACAAUACGAUUGAGAUAGAUCCCUAAAAAAAACAAUAGGUAUGUAUAUUCGAUUCGUUUUGGACUACCAAAUCCGAACACCAGUAGCCACCGCUUUGGGGGAAAGUAAAGGAAAGGAAAGGUGCCUUCUUUAAAAGAACUAGAACAAUUUUUUGAUUACUUAUGUAGAGGGUUAGAUGGUUUCCAGCGAAACACAGUUUGAGUUAUUAUGAAUAGAGAGCGAGAGUGCCCCAUAAGAUCCUUCUAUAUGGAUAUGUAUAUGUAUAUGUGCGCCCCAUUAAAAGAUUUCAGUUCGGGAUUGUCUUCUGUUCGAAACUCCUCACAAGCUAAACUGCUGAUAAAAACAAACAAAAACGAAGUAGAAGCUAAACCAAAGACCAGUAAAACGAUAAACGUAAUACAUACCAUACAUACCAUACAUACAUACAUCUAAAUGGCGAAGAUCUACCACUAACCACUAACAAGAAGCAUUAAUAAAACUAGCAGAAAAUUCAAAUAAAAAAUAAAAUAGUUGUGUAAGCAAAUUAUAAUCUAGAUUUCAGCAGAAGUCCAGAAUAACAGAAUAGCAGAAUAGCAGAUUCAACUCAAAACCACUUUUUAAAUUCUCAAUAUCGAAAAGCUUUAUAAUUUGUAAUGCUAAGAAAAUACUGUAAAUAUAAAUAACAUAAACGAAUACACUAGUUUAAUAAUUUUAUCGAAUAAAAUAAUUUUCAUUAUGAAUAAUAUAUUUGCUAUUUAUAGGCAGAAUUUGUUAUAAAAGAAAAUAUACAAAACGAAACAAACAAAAACAAAGGAAGGAUGAAAGGAUGAAAUUGUCAAAGAGCAGAGAGCAUUAGAGCAGUUUAAGUUCUCAAAUUUAUUUCACAUACAAGUAGAUUUCUUAAAGAUCAAUUACAAAAAAAAAAAACCGAAACCGAAAAGAAACCAUGCAACAGGCAACAGGCAACGGGCAACAUGCAAACAUAAAUUAAUAAUAAUAAUAAUAGCAACUUUUUUUAUAAUGCACAAACCUUGAGCAUAGGCAUAAUAAGAUCUACAAAUUUAUUAACAUUGCAUCGACAAAACGAACAUCCUGUAAAUACACCAGAAACAUACAUAAACCAAAUGCAAAACGAUAUGAUAUGAUAGUUAUAAACGACAGAAUAUUUGAAAAGAAAUAAUGGAAAAAGCAACCGAAACCGAAAUAAAGCAGCUUCGCAUUAAUAAA